CGAUAAUUUGCAAUCGUUGCAAAACACGUCGUGUGGAUUUUGUGAAACCGGCGGAUGUAUGCAGGAGGAUCCGGUGCGUGCUGACGAACGCUGCCAGUGUCAACACCUGCUGCAGGAGGAUGGUACCGGGCUGCUCAGUCGAGUAACAACUGUACAGUAUUUAGUAUUAUAACAAACAAAAUCUUCAGCUGCUUGAUUCCAUUCAUCUUGAAAAUGGCAGCUAAGCAAAGAAGCUCACGAAAGUCCCUCGGAAGUGUCAAGCAAGCUUCAAAGGCAGAAACCCAGAGCAAUUCUGAAAGGGAAAGUACUCAUCUUGGCCCUCGCAUUGAUUGGCGGCGUAUUAUUACUCGUCUGCUGAUGAUUGUUGGGAUAAUGGUUGUUGUAUACUUCAGCAAAGCAAAUAAGAUGGUUCCAUUUGCUACUCAAGAGGAAGAGAUUAGUAAACGUUCAGUAGAAAUUCAGUGUUCAACGGAUUAUGCUGAGGAGCUCAGGCAUUUUCAAGGAUGUACCCCCAAAAAAUGUGGUCGUGUUGUUUUUGACACAUUGGUAACACCCUCUGAAGUAGCAGCUCUUGUGAACAUUGGUGAGCGCGGACUGUCACUGGGAGGCUCGGCAGGUGGUGCCUCCAUUCUUGACUUGCAUUCUGGUGCGCUUUCACAUGGCAAUGCUUUUGUCAAUAUCUUCAAAUUAGAAGAAGCUAAAAAUCUGUUCACUGUUCAAGAUUUCAAGAUAUAUAGUCAUGUGAAGAAUAAGAUUCACGGUGCCAUUGCAGACCAUUUUGGCAUUAACAGAAGUGGACUGUAUCUCACACAUCCCACAUUUUUUUCACGAAUUACUCCUGCUCCUCCACAGACAAUUCACGAUGAGUACUGGCAUCCUCAUGUUGAUAAGGUGACAUAUGAGUCAUUUCAUUACACGUCUUUGCUGUACCUGGCAGACUAUGGACACGAUUUUGAGGGUGGUCGAUUUAUCUUCAUGGACAAGGACUCAAAUAAAACAGUGGAGCCUCGUUCAGGACGAGUGUCGGCUUUCACCUCAGGAUCAGAGAAUUUACACUACGUUGAAAGAGUGACAAGUGGAACAAGGUUUGCAAUCACAGUUUCCUUCACCUGUGACCCCAAACAUGCCAUUAAUGAUCCGACGUUACACAAGUGAUUUGUAUAUGUACUUACAUACUUUCAACAUUUAAAAAUCUCUAAAGAUUACUGGAAAACCACCUUCAGUAGCUUCUCGAGCUAAUCACUGGCCCAGUCAAACCUUGGGGAGAUGCACCAAGCAUCUGAAACUUGCCCUUGCCUUCCAAAAGCCAAGACCAGAAUCUAGCUCUACGAGGCAAGAGGAGCUUUGAAAUCAGAUAUCAACCAAAAACUGAGAAAAGUCACCAGAAAGAAUACACACAACAAAACAAACCACUGCUAGUAGAAAAUUAGAUACCUUCAAGUAAUAAGGCAAAUUAUCAUUGCCGUGGUGUAAACACCCUAACUGUGAUGUGCCUGACUACCACCAGGUGGUAAUCUAGGUGGUCCGGAGUACCAGUCAGGCCCCCAACCCCACCUUCACUCAUAAACUACUCAAACCAAACCCAUUCAACCCACAGACAGGAACAAAACAGGGUGCUACUGAGGAACCCCCCCCCUUUCCCCCACCCCCCAAAAAAUAGGUGUUUGAUUACAUUCAAGGCUUAAUUUCAUGUAGGGGGGUCCCUCAAUAGCUCCUUGAGCUAACUCACAACAACAGGACCUCUGCUGCAGAGGUCUGCAUUUUUUUAAAUAAAUGUACCAGUAAACAAAAAAGACAGCAAGGCCAAGGAGCACCCAAGGCAGAGAUGGACCACACUGAACAAGCCGAGCCUAAACAGCAGUUAAAUGGCCAGGACACAGCAAAGGAGUUCAGACCAACAUCUGGCUUAAACUAAAAUGCUCAGAGGUAUGCCUUGUGACUUAGACAGUGCUGCAGUCUUCCUGGCUUGGGGCCUUCUUUGAUAAUUACUUACUUGCCCAGAGGAAUACUAGAAUCCCAUACCUCUACCUUCUGGUGGUAGUUUAGCGCAUCAAGGUUAUGGUGUUACACCAUGGCAACGAAUGUUUGCCUUGUUACCAGGCUGUACCUGAUUUUUUUCAAGCAGUGGCUUGUUUUGUUACACUUUGUUUACCUGUUUUUAUCCAUCUGGGGUUAAUCUUCAAUUUUCAAGCUUCCCUUUACCUCAUAGAAAGAGUGAGAUUCUGGUCGUGGCUCGUAGUAAGCAAGAGUGGGCCUCAGAGGUCAGGUGCAUCUCCCUAAAGUUUGGCUGAACCGGCGCUUAGCUCGGGGGCGCUACUGAGGACCCCUGAUAGAAAUGGGAAUUUCAUUGCACUGAAUGCUUAAUUUGUAAUACAAAAUACUGUAUGAAGUGUCCUUUUAUAUCAUAUCUUGAAUAGGUUGAGAUUUGAUAGUUUAAAAAUAUAAUAUAUCCAGCUGCUGAUUUUAUUCUGCCCAUAGCUAGUUUGUCGCUAUUAUAAAGAAUAUAAUGUUGCUUUAUGGCAACACAAUUACCUUAGAUCUAUUUAUCUAAGGAUAUAUAGAUCUCUCCUUUUUAAUUUGUAUACAUUCCAAACAUUAAAUUGUAGCUUUUACUUUUACCAUUUUUAACUCUUUGAUAGUAAGUACAGUAAUAGUCAUAACCUCGGUUGUUGGAUUUCAGUUGAUCGGUUCAUAUAGACUCUAACUACUAUGUUAACUCCUGAAGCUAAUGUUGAGCAAUGCCUAAACUAUUAUGGUAGAUAGAAUUCUUUGGUAAACGCUUCAGGUGAUCCUUCGGUCCAUUUUUGUUUAUGCAUGAACGACACAUGUGUCCUGGGAGAUUUUAUAUCUGGGCAUUGACUAUCCUCUCAUGGAUAGAAAGAUUUUAGGUCUGUCCACCAUCUCUUGCUUGGGGAGGUUCUAAACAUAACCACCCCAUUAACGUAUGCCAGGAUGUUUUAUUCAUUGUUAUUCUUGUAUUUGACACUGUCAGUAUAUAUAAUGAAAGACUUGAAUAAUAUACAGUACUAUACAUUAUCAUCUUGUGAGGUAGUUUUCGCAUGUAUGAUAAAGUGCAGCACGUGUUACUAUGUGGUUUUUCCAUACUUGGAGAUGAGCAGUAAAGUAGACCAAAGUAAAAAGCAGUAAAGUAAACCUUAAAAGUAAACCAUUAGGAUUAUCAAGGCUCCCCUAAGUCAACUAAUGACCUUCUCCAGGAUGUGACCCACAGAAGUUGUCUAACUUCCAGCUACCUGUUUACUGCUAAAUAAACAAAGGCAGCAGGUGAAAGGUAACAUGGCCCAAACACUUCUGGCCUACCAUAGGAAUUAAACCCGGAACCUUUCUGCUGUAAACCGUCCACAUUGACCGCUGUGCCAAUUCAGUCUCGGCUCUAAACAGAUACCUAAGAAGCAAUAGCAAAGAGUAACACAACUUCAAACAAUUUUCCCCAAAUCCUUUGCAUAUACAUCUUUUACAUGAAUUAAGAAAUUUACAAGGCCUUGGCUCAUAUGAGACAGCUCCUGUUUAUAUCAUGGACUUAAAUAGGAGCUGCCUUGUGUUGGCCAAUAGGCCCAUACAUGAAUGAAUUUGGGAGGAUAUCAAUAAUUUGCAGCUACUGUUUAUAUCCAAAAUUCAUAUACUGGAUUUGGGCCUAUUGGGCCACAUAUCCUCUUAAACUCAUAUAUAGAAUUAUUAGUUCAUAGAGGGCAGCUUCUAUUUAUAUUUAUAAUAUAAAUAGGGGCAGCCUCAUAUUGGCCAGUUGGCCACUUUCAGUUUCCUUCAUUCUUAAUGAAGCAUCCAUUCACUGAUACUGUCUUAUGUUCAUUGGUACAUUCAUUAAUACAUACAUUGAUUCAUUCAUAUCAAUAAAUUAACACAUUCAUUCAUUCAUUGAUAUAUUCAUACAUUCUGUUUUUUAAACAUCAAAGGUUAACACUGAGAGUGGCUGGUUGGGCAGUGUGCAUGUGUUGUUAACAGCGUGUACCGACAUCAACAGAUAGGGUUAUGCUGCCACACAAUCAGCUUGUACAGUGGACGAAACCAGUUACAACGUAGAUAUUAUGUUAUUUAAAAUUUUCAUUACAUUUUGCGUCCAAAUGAAUAAUUUUGAAAGGAAAAAUAUAUUUUUGGAUAGGCAGUUAUGCGUGUAAUUACCUAAGCCGUGUGGUAGGGGAUUAGAAAUUUCUAUAAAUAUUAAAGUACUGUAUAAUCAAAUUUAAUUUAAAAAAUAAAAGUAGCCUUGGUAGCAUAAUGUUUAUACAGAACAAAUAUUAAUAUUUCUUCUUAUUAAUGUGUGACAUAUUACUGCAUAGAAAUCUUUGUUUCAGAUUAAAAGCAGCGGCUCAAAUAAAAUAUACAAAAAUUGUUUGCUAUUUCUAGUUAGAAAUUUAAAUGCAAUGCACAAAUUUAUGCACAAAUUGCAGUUUAUGCAACAAUUUGCUAUUCACUUAACAUAAGAAUUUAGGAAACUAGUAAAGGGCUGUUUGACCAUCUAACCUUCACUUGAAACAAUCAAGCAAUCCCAUGUCUGUCAUAUUAUAAAGUAAACUGUUUCCUAAAUGAACAAAUCUGUUUCCAAAUUAGCAUAUUCCCAUAUCUUGUUUUAGUCUAAAUUUAUCAAAUCUGUAUCCUGGAUUUACCCAUAGUAUAUAUAUCGAGCUCUGUCUCCUAAAACUAAAGGUAGUACAAAUAAGUAUGAUGCUGUAUAAUCAAAUGUUGGCCUUAAAAUUACAGUACUGUACUGUACUGUAAUUAUCAGUAAAUUCCAUAUGACAGUGAAAAUACAGUAAAUUACUGUCUAAAUAGCUACAGUAUUUUACUUUAUAUUUCUUCUUGAUUAUGUAUAAGCUUAAUGCAAGCAAAAAGAAAAAAGUUGUCUUUUGGUAUUGAGUACUUUAAUUCUGGAAUCAUCUGUUUAAUAUGAAAGAAGUGUGUAAUUUUGUUCACGCGUGUGUGAUUUGUGUGGAUGACCAGAGAAGUUGAUAAUAAAACACAGGCUAACAAAAACAGUAGGUAAAUUGCCAAUAUAGUACAAGCUGGAGUGGACAUUGGAGUUAACAUCCAUGGCCAACGACAAAAACAUUGAUGACCAAUGUACAUAGUUAGGAGAUGAUCGAGGCAACAGAUGUCCCAUGGAGGUUCAAGGUGUUGACAAGCGUUACUGGAGGAAGUUAAUCUGGUGGAAGAGCUAAUAUUUUGAUCGUGCUAACCCUAUGUAUAGUCAUUGUGGGAGCGUAGUCCUAACAAUGCAGGGUCGUCUUUGAGAUUGAGAUUGGCUGACUGCAGGGUCAGAGGGUGUACCUCCAGCUCCCCACCUUCAGAAGGUGGGGAGCUGGGAGUACCAGUGUAUGUGGCAGAGUAUAUUCAGCUCUUCCUGUUGUGUGACUAAAGAGUCCAAAUUUGUAAGCAUUUACAAUACCUUUACAGAUUUUAUCUACUGUAUUGGCCACUAUCUUUAUGCCUGUGGUGGCAAUAGAAAGCUCUGAUAUUGACCUAACUGAAAGGCCUAAUCUAAGAGUGAAUUGCCUUAUUACCAGAUCUCUCUCUCUUUCUCUUUGUACUGUAUUUUGGGUAUUUGCUUUUACCUACAUAAAUACAGUAUUUUAUUGUAACUGCAUACUGUACUUUAUAUCAGUGCGUAAUGAAAUCAAGUUGGCAAAAGUAGUGUAUUCAAUUUUUAGAAAUUUUACCGAGAGUUUAAUAAAAGAACAUAAUGUAAAGACGAGAUGAUGCUAUAAAUUUGCUUGGUGAUAGUUAUGUACACUGAAAUGCAUGGAGCCUGUCUCUGCUUUUAUGUGAAUAGUAGUUUUGUUUCUUAUCAGAAGCAAAGCAUCUAUUUAACGGGCUGUUAAGGUAGUUAAUAUUAUAUUGGGAUUUUUUUAUAUAUAAUAAUUAUACUGUACUGCAUACAGUACUGUGUAUACAUUCCAUCUUAACAUUUACUUUUAAGCUUCUCAGGAGUAAGCAGUAGACUACUGUAUUUUCAACACAGUAUAUAUUUAGUAUUAUUUCAGGCAAAGAAUGUUAUACGUUCUGUUAACAUGUUAUCCAUAUUAUAUUUCUGAAAUUAACAUACCUGAUUAUUUAUUAAGCUGAAAUAAAACUAGAUAUAUGUCAGGAUGUUGCUAGGCGUGUAAUGAAUACAAUACAGUACACUAAAACCUUGCUGAAUUGCACUACCUGUAAUCUAUGGCCUCAGUAAAUUUAUGGUGAUAUAGUCAUAAUGACUUGGUGCUUUCUCCUGAUAAUUAUCUUACGUUACCUCCUUUUAUGAAGACAAAGCACUCAGACUAGGGUGAAGCAUAGGUAUGCCUUCCAAACUCUAUGCAAAUCAAGUUGCGCUUCUGGUCGAGAUAGGUUUUACGCCAUCAUGGUGCAGUUGGUAGGUUGUGUGCAUAAUGAGUUCAUGAAUGCACGUUUGAUCCCAUCAUACGGCUUCAAUAUUUUCUUCAGAGUUUUCAUUUUACAGUCGAAACAGUAAAAGUUACAUUCUAGUGGUAGAAAAUCUACAGUAGGCUACAGAAACACUUUAGAGGUUUAAUGUAUUCGGUAUUACCUACAAGUUACUGUGAGUGCAAUAUGUUCUAUUUUGUAUACAUGUUUGUUUAUUUGAUGUGUUGAGUGAUAUUUAAGAAUAAGUAGGCCCAUAGGGGGAAACAAAGCUUGUAUUACAACCUGUCUUUGCUGUGAUACACAAACCUCUGUACCAAUUAGUGAGGUGUAAAGAGGUUUAACUCUAUUUUAAGUUUUGUCUAACUUAAAUACAACUAAUUUUAAUUUAACCAGAAUUUUAAGAAAUUGAUUAAUUAAUAUUGAAAAUAAUCAAUAUAUCUGUUAGCAUCUGUUAUACUUCUGUCUCGUUAAUUAAUUGGUUUACUCUAAUACUUGAUUAUCAAAGUACUGUAUUACUGUACUCAAAUAUAUAACUAAAACUUAAGUUGUUUGCUGGUUAUCUUGAAUAAUUUAAUAAAUAAAAUUAUAACAAAAUAUAAGACAAUUUCUUUACAGAUGUUAGUAUAUUCUGCCAAUCUUUUUUUUUUUCUCAUGUGAAAUUAAGCAGUUCAUUCGCUCAUUCUACCUUUGUAUUUUAUUUCAGCUUACUAAGUUGAAAGAAUAGUCUUCCAUAGUACAAAUUUAAUAUUAUUACUUUGCAACAGAAUAUUGAUAGUAAAAAAUAUAUAAAGUUGGCUCUUAGUCUGCACAAGGAUUACAUUGAUGAAGGAUGCUAUUCAGAGUGAAUUUGCUCACUGAAGUUUACUUUAAAAAUUAGUUUAUUUUUCAGAUACAAUACCUCCAAAACCACACUUUUGUCAUAAUGAAACAAUUGUUCCCAUGUGUGGUGUUAGGAUCAGACUGAUCCACUGAUUUUUCAGUGUCUGUUCAUGGUGUCAUGUCCAGUGUGUUAUCAGUUGACAUCAAGCUAGCAGGAUUUUUUUUUUUACUUCACCUUUAAUUGAACCAUAGAAGUUAUGGUGAUUACAAUUGUGGAGGACAGUUGCUCCAUGUCACUAGCAUCCUGGAAACUCCAUUAAAUUAAAUUCCCAUCAAGCCCAUGCAUUGUAAGCCUAUAAGGGACAAAUAAGGCCAAAUCUAGACCCAUUUAUAGAGGUGCAGAGAGCUGAGGAUACUAAAUCGCUCAAACCGAGAAAGACAACCAAAAAAGGUAGAAUGAAACAAAACAAAUCGGUAAAAAUGAUCCACCCAGGAGUUAGGUUGGUUUCUCUCUCUAGUAGCACUUCUUCACUAGCAGGAGGGUAUCACCUCCAGCUUCUGGCUCACCUCGAACAACUCGACGGUCAUUAAACCUGAUGCGGCUGUGUAAAUGUCUUAUCCACUAGUCCUUUCAGGUCUUAGUUUUUCACACAAGUGAAGGCCAUCCUUCAGACUGGCCUGAGAGGGGCCCUAUUUUCUUAUGUUCUUGUUCCUUCAUUUUGUAUUUGCUUCACUUGUGGGUUUGUAAGAGCACUGCUUGUGAGGUACAGAAACUUUCCCUUCAUGCUGCAUAUGUCUAGUUUCCCUUCUCUAGGUGUUCACUGGUGCUGUCCCUUUGUCCCUACCCUGAGGGAGUUACCAUCCCAGUUGGGUAUGGGUGACCAUCCCUAAGAAGCUGUCCUGUGGAAGGAGCCUUGCCUCAAAUUCAUUAGUACACAGGUCUUCAACUCCUCUGCAAGUCUCAUACAUUCAGGGUUGUCGGUGUUUUACCUCCUUGAGUAGCACAGGGAGUAUUUGUACUUUUUUACAGUGAGCCACUUACCCCUUUUUCAGCCGCCUUUGCAACCCGUCCUCACAUAAUACACCGCAUUUUGACAUAAAAAUCCCCAACAACCAAAUACACGGGUGCUGCAAAUUGUAGCGGCUUUCAAACAUUAAUGUUUUCUAUACAUGGGUCAGUGGGUUAGGUUAGGUUUGAACAUUUUAGUACACCAUUUUCUGUCCAUUGUAGCAGCUAGAGAGGAUGGGUUGGUCUAUGCCCCUAGGCUGCAUUCAGCCUUUACUGUACUAUCCUUGGCAAGCUACCCCUUUGCCCAGUGUUCUUGCUUGGUCUGUAUUUUUAAAAUCUGACAAGCCCUUAGCAUUCUUGGGUAAAGUUUGGCAUGGUUCUCUGAGCACACUUGCAGGGAUGCAAAUUUGAAGGACAUUCCUUGGUUUUAUUACAUCCAAUAACCAUCUUUGCUGCAUGUUGUGGGGGGGGGGAAGCUUUCCACCCUGAAGCCCACAACAUGUGUGUCCAUUCACUGUAUUGGCUGUGCCUCAGUCUCUCAACUCUGCCUUUCAGGAGGCUGCUGCUAUAUGAGAGAAGUUUUUUCCUGUAUGUUUGCAGUUUGGUGAUGGUGUGUUUGCCCUAGAGUUGGCCCCUUUGUCAUUUUAUGAACCAGAGUUAGAGCAGUUUGAGGUUUUCCAUCAGUUUUCCCAGUUUUCCAGAGUUUGUUAAAAAAAUCACAAACUCUGAUUGGCUAUUGAUGAUAGGAAAAUCUAGGAAGUGAUUGUAGGCCAGAAUCUUCAGCUAUGAACAGCUGUUUUGCGAGUAUUGCUUUGUGGAAUAGUGUCAAGAACUAUAUACACAUACUGUCUAUUGAUGGGAAAUUUUGUUAUAAAAUUUAUUAUUAUUUUUCAAAUGUAAACAUGUUUAAAAUACUAUAUACUGGAUGAGGCAAUGAAAGGCAAUUCAUUUCAUAAACUUCCUAUAUUUUAAGUGUUCUGUAUGAGAAGUUGGGCAGUGCUGAUGAACAACUGCUCUUGUAUUAUCAUAAAAUUGCUGUAAUUAUCUAAGUGUAGUUACAGGAGGAGAGCUCUGCUUGUGGUCUCCCAUCUUCCCAGUACUCUCUCAUAUAAUGCUCUGAAAUUACCUAUGAUUUUAGCCUCCAUUGUCUUCUCACUUGUUCUACCCAUCUACCACUCUGUUUGGAAAAUAGAACUUUCUAAUAUUUUUCCACCACCUUUGUUUCCUUUGUUUAAAGCUAUGAUCUCCUGUUCUUGAAGUUAUAGAUUUCAAUAAUUCUUCUUGUCAAUUUUUAAAAUUCCUGUUGCUAUUUUGCAUGUAGUGAUCAUAUCACUUCUACUCUAGUUUUGGUAUAGUGUGUUUAACACCUGCAGCCUCUCCUUGUAGCUCUUGUUUUACAGUUCCAGAAACCAUUUUGUAAAAUGUCUUUGCACCUUCUCCAGUUUAUUAAUGUGCUGCUUCAGAUAUGGACACCAUGCAAGUGCUGCAUAUUCCAAUUUUGGUGUCUCAAAGGUUGUAAGGAAUGAUGGGUAUGGUGUACAUGAUAAAUUAACUGAAAGGUAA